AUGGAGACAGAAAUCAAAAGAACAGCCUCGUAUUCCAAACCACAAGACAAUGGAAACCCAGAAAUCGAACUGGCUACCGGCCAGGUCGUCAUGGGCCUGCUGGACAUGCCCAUGAAGCGCAAGUUCGGCAUCCUCAGCAUCAUCGCCGUGGGCUACAAUAUCUCCAACAGCUGGGUCGCCAUCGCCACCAGCUUUGCUAUUGCCGUGCAGUCUGGAGGCGCUGUGUCAUUGCUCUACGGUAUCGUCGCUGUCACUGUUGCCAUGCUGUGCACGGGUGUCACCCUGGCGGAGCUGGCCAGCGUCUAUCCCACCGCAGGCGGACAAUACCAUUUCACCUCUAUUCUGGCGUCUGAGCGAUGGAGUCGCGGUCUGUCGUACUUUAGUGGUCUUGCAGCCGUGUUCUCGUGGAUCACACUCGCGGCGUCGAUUGCGGUGGCUUCGACGCAGGCGCUCAUGGCCGUGGUUAUCCGCUGGCAGCCUGAGUAUGUGCCUCAUGCGUGGCAUUACUUUCUGGUGUAUCAGCUCUUCAACGUCGUCAUGGUUGUCUACAACAUCUUUCUCACCAACAGAACCCUCUGGGUCUACAAUGCGGGCUUUCUGCUCUCCCUCGGAACCUUCCUCGCCAUCACCAUCGCCUGUCCCGCCCGCUCCCACACCGAGGUCGACUCCUGGGCCAUCUGGACGCAGUUCACCAAUGGCUCCGGCGGCUGGCCCAACGGCAUCUCCUUCCUGACCGGCCUCUCCACGCCGCAGUUCAUGCUCUCCGGUCUCGACGCCACCCUCCACCUAGCAGAAGAGUGUCUCGAGCCAGAGCGUAUCGUCCCCAAGGCCGUGAUGGUAACCGUCAUUAUCGGCUUUCUCACCGCGUUCCCUUUUUCCAUCGCCGUCAUCUACAGCUACCGCGACGUGGAGUCAUCCCUGUCCUCCGCAACAGGAUUCCCCAUCUACUUCAUCUGGGAAAAAGCCACCCGCUCCCCGGCAGCUGCCACAAUCUUCAUGGCCGCCCUCGUCGUCGUCUCCGCCGUCGCCUUCAACGCAGUCCACCAGACCGCAUCCAGACUCACCUGGUCCUUCGCCCGCGACGACGCCCUCUUCUUCUCGCGCCGCCUCGCAUCCGUUCAUCCGUCCCUCAACGUCCCCGUCUACUCCCUCCUCCUGAAUGGUCUCCUCGUCCUUCUUAUCGGGAUUGUAUACGUCUGCUCGACGACAGCCUUCAACGCCUUCAUAGGCACAACCGUCAUCGUCGCGCAGAUCUCCUUCGCUGUCCCCGCGGCAUUGCUCAUCUACCGCCGUCGCUCGGCGGAGUAUCUCCCGCCAUCGAGGCCGUUCAAGGUCCCCCACGUGGUGGGGUACGUGUGCAAUGUGAUGACGAUUGUGUGGGCGGUGGUAAUUACGGUUUUCUUUACGUUUCCGACGACGUUCCCGGUUACCGGGGGGAAUAUGAAUUACGCGUCUGUUGUGUUGGUUGUAAUGUUGCUUCUGGGGGUGGUGAAUUGGUUUGUGUAUGCGAAGAGGCAUUACCAUGGACCGAGGUUGGAGAUGUAA